CAAAUAUGAUGGACUGUAUUAGAUUGAUUCCCUGUGUCACAUGACAACACUUGGUUCUUAUUCAAAAUGGCGUUCAACGUGGCAUUCUACAAUGUUAUAGUUCUUGGUCUAUGUUUUAUGUUUGUUUUCACCGCUUUUCAGACAAGUUCAAAUGUUCAGACACCAGUUCUCAAUAGUAUUGUGAGAGAUGGAAAAAAGAUAUUUGAUGGGAAAGGCUAUACCAGUCUGUCCAUCAUUUAUGCUGUGUUCUCUGUGGCCAAUUUCAUUGCUCCACCCAUUGUCAGCGUGGUUGGUCCAAGAGUAGCCUUAUUACUGAGUGGCCUGACAUAUUGCAUCUUUAUUGGGAGUCUAAUUUACCCCUUUGUUUGGUCACUGUAUUUGGCUUCUGUUAUUGUUGGCUUUGGUGCAGCAGUCAUUUGGACAGCCCAAGGAAACUUCUUGACAAUCAACUCUAAUCAUGAGACUAUGGGCAGAAACAGUGGAAUUUUCUGGGCUCUCCUACAAUGCAGUCUUCUGUUUGGAAAUAUGUUUGUCUACUUCUAUUUGAAUGGAAAAAGCGACAUCAGCGCGAAAGAAGGAAGAACUAUAUUCACUGUCCUGUCCUCAUGUUGCUUUGCGGGAACCCUCUGUUUUCUGUUUCUUCGCAAGGCGCCGGGUCAAUCGCAAGAAGACAACCAAAACACAAACGAUCCUACACCAAGAUAUGAAGAAAAACCUUUACUGCAAGAUGAAAUGAGUCCAAGUUACGAUAGCACUUCAACUACUGCAACGCGUACGGAUGAUGAACAAUUUGGCUCGUCACCACGACUAACGCCAUUUCAGAUCUUCGUGCGAUCAUUCCAGAUGCUUGCAACCAAAAACAUGGCAUUUAUUUCCGUAACAACUGCAUAUACAGGGUUUGAGUUGACAUUCUUCAGUGGCGUGUAUGGGACAAGUGUUGCAAACACUGGUUUAUUGAAGAACAACAAGCAGCAGCUAGGCCUAGUGGGAAUGCUGAUUGGGAUCGGCGAGAUCACCGGUGGUCUUAUUUUUGGCAUCUUUGGGAAGCGCACGAACAAAUACGGACGCGACCCAAUUGUCUUAUUGGGGUUCGUAAUCCACAUGGUGACAUUCUUCCUCAUUCUCCUCAACAUCCCUGAUCAUGCACCCAUAGGCCAAACAAUGGACGAUACGCAUCUGCACAACAACAUACAUAUCAUAUCUCUGUGUGCGUAUAUGCUUGGCUUUGGCGAUAGCUGUUUCAACACACAGAUUUACUCGCUUCUUGGGUCGAUGUACUCAGAAGACAGUGCUUCCGCCUUUGCAUUGUUCAAAUUCGUACAGUCCGUAGCUGCUGCCAUCGCCUUUGGGUAUGCACUUGCUACACCGCUCAAGUGGCAACUCCUUGUUCUAGUCGUUACAGGCGUGUUAGGGACAAUAUCAUUUUUUGCUGUUGAGAGAAAUUACCGAAAAAUGAGGGAACAACACUCAGCUUCCUAGAUUUUCAAAUAACAUUUUUAUACCGACCAGCUUCUGAAUUUUUUAAACUAUCGUCUCUGAAACGCCUUUGAAGUGUUUUGUUAAUAUCGUGGGGUAUGAUUAGUAACAAUUUUUUUCACCGUUCCGAUUUUUUUGCUGGUCAAUUGAAUGCCGAGGAACAGAAUAGGACAAAAAUUAUGAUUCUGAAAUCACUAGCAAUAUUGAUGAGAAUUACUUGACCCAAUAUAGCAUGAAAUCGCAAGAAUGUUUGUACAUUUAUGAAGUUUGUUUAUUUUUUAUUUGGAGAUGUAAAACUUUUUGUCAGAUAUUUCUAGAACGCUCAGUCUUUGUCAUUGGACAAGGGGGUGACGAGGCUGAGAUACAUUUUUAGUUUGAACUGUAUAUUUUUUGAGUUCGUGGUAUAAAUAUGCCUUUAGAUCCCAGUCUCCCAUGUGUCCUAAAAUUUGGGUCAGUUUUAGCCAUAGGGGGGGGGGUGGUGGGGGGCAUGACUCCCACUGAAGCAAAGUCUUCAAGAAGCAAGAAGGCCGGAAUAACCGAAUUACAGUCUCAAGUAUCUGAAUAGCAUAGAUCAUAAGCAUGCUUUAAAACAUCCCCUGUAUUUUUAUGUCAAAUGUAAAAAAUCAAGAAAAAUCUGAAAACGGGAGAUAGCUCUUUGAUUUGCGUCUCAUGAAGACCAAGCUGGUGUAUUUUCCCAUUCUUAAUGGACAUGGUUUUGUCUGGGUUCUGACGUAUAUACGCUCUGAAUGUUGCAGUGUAAUAUCGGAUCGGAAGUACUUUACAGUGGCUUGGGUGCAGUCAGGGUGCAGAACAUGUGUGCCAGAAAACGAGAUUUCUUAUUAUUGAACGCAAACUACACUGCCCCGGAGUCAAGUAAAGUGCUCAUCCUUCUUCCGGAUCAAUCCUUCAAUCUUGGGAUACAAAGAAAAUAAGGCGGGGAUUGAGCUUGACCCUUUUAAUUUACUUUACCUUCACCGGCCUUUUUCGCAGUCUUUGACCAUGUGACUAAAAUGUUUUCCAAGCUCUGCCUCGGCUACCCCAAUGAUAUAAUAGAUGGCAAUAAGAGGGCUAUAUGAGUCAUCCCUACCAAUGACGAAACAGGAGUGGAUUAUUAAUGAAUAUACCCCAUUUAAUAUCGUUAUUUGUAGGUUAUUUGCAUGUAUUAUUUUGUUAACCAUCUGAAAGAAUAGUAUAUGUAUACUAAUAAUUAUGAAUGUUAAGAUAUUUGAUAGCAACAAUGAAUUCAUAUGAAAUCUC